CUGUCCCUCAAGAGACUUCUCCCAAACCGUUGAUACCCACACUGCCGUGCGCAUCGUAAAUACGUGCAUAACAAAUAAUUCCUCGGCCCGGUAUGAAUCCUCAAUCACAAAAACAAUAAUCGAAAAUGUUUUAUUCCUUGUGCCAGUGCUGUUGUUGUGUUCAUGACCAAUAGAAGAGCAUCGUUUAUUGAGAUGCAGUAGUGACUAUUUAUACGAGAUAGAGAAUGGAGAAUAGGGGGUAUGAGGAGGACUCUUUGAACCUCGAGGACCACCAGCACACGCCUCAAGAGCAGGAAGUGAAUGUCAAGCGAUCAGAGACACCAGACACUCACGUCUACGAGGACAUAAUCGUAGGAAUGGAAAAGCAGCUUCCAAGUGUAUUUGAUAAUCGUUUGGAGAUGAACUGCACCUCCGAGGACUCACAGCGCACGUUUCAGAGGAAUUUGACGUUACCCUUGCGUAGAAAUAGUGCAUUUAAUAAGGAAGAAAUAACGAGGUACUCAGUCAGAGUGACUAGUACAGAGAAAAAUCCAGUUUCAAGGGAGAAUAAGCAGAGUGAUGACAGUUUAAUGGAGAUAAGUGAAAAACCUAGGAGAAGGAGGAAAAAAGAUUGCAAGCAUUGCAAGAUGAAGGCGAGUGAGGAAGCUAGGACACAGAAGCUAGGAUAUGUGGAGAGGAAUGCAAGUCUUCUCGAGCCGAUAUUCACGAUUCCUGAUGGUAGACUUCCAGGUUUUGGGGUGGCGGCGGGGCAAAAUGGAUGCUGUGUGAACUCCUGUGCUGUCUUUGCGAUAGCCAAUGGACAGGUAGGAGGCAUCUGUGGUGGAGGGUUCUAUGACAGAAAGCUUCUGAAUUAUGAUAAGAACGAGGGGGAGCCCAGGCUGGUGACCCUGGAGGAGGACAGGGCGCUGCUAACGCCGCCCAAGCAUCGGACGGGAAUGAAGGUCAAUUCUAUUUAUUCACAGGAUCAAUGGAGGGUUAAGGAUCCUGGGGGGUUCGUUGGGGAGUUCAAGGAACAGCCUUUCCAGAGGGCAUAUUCGUUACCAACACGCACCCAGAGUCCCUCCUCCCAGAACCGGGUGAACCUCCGAAGAAGUGUGCGAGGUGAGCCGCCACCUCAACCCGCACGACUUCGAAAAAAUCGUCACGGAUGGACUCUGCACUUUGCUCGACCGCUGGACGGCACGGGCUGCACCAAAUCCAUUAUUCUACUUCUCAUCGCCGUCCUGGCACUCCUGGGCAUCGGUGCAAUAGCCCUCUACAUUGUCUUCGAACCCGAGAAACUCCAAAUAAUUCAGCAGUACCUUCGCUCGAGCGAAAACCCCUCCUCCACAAACGUAACGUAUCCACAUCCACUGUUGAUCGGUAUAAACAGCCCCGAGGAGUCAACUCCUCCACUCCCAAGCUUCGUUCAAGUACCAUCGACGACAAAUAUCCCACUUCCUGAGUUCAGUACCACGGUAACAGAGCCACAGGAAACGGAAACGCCAGUGCCACCGAGCGUGAUAACACCGAUGAAUAUUACACGGCACUGUGAUGACUGUUACAAGGGCGAAGUGUGUGUUGCGCUCGUCGACGAGGAUGUACCAGUGUGCAGAAUUGCUCUGGACUCCAUGGAUCCGACUGGUUGUGCUGGACUAUGUCUUGUUAAUAGGCAAAAGUGCCAUCGACUUGAUGUCGAUGCCUUCAGGUGCGUCGAGGUGGAACAUUACUGCUUGGACGGCGAGUGGACGUGCUCCAACAGCCUAUGCAUCCCGUCAGUGAAACGGUGCGACGGACACAUGAAUUGUUAUGACCACUCGGACGAGUACAACUGCAAGUGCGACCUCCAGACGCACUUCCAAUGUGGCAACGAGACAUCGUGCCUCCCCCUCGAGAAGCGCUGCGACGGAAAAAUCGACUGUUGGGAUGCAACUGACGAGAUUAACUGUACCCUCGGUGAUGACCUAGGUUGGUCUUGUCCAUCGAGCAACGAGUACACCUGCAGUAACGGUCAAUGCAUACUCAAGUCCAGGUUCUGUGAUGGAUUGAGAGAUUGUGCCGACGGAUCUGACGAGCCCAGAGGUUGUCGGGGUCGUUGUAAUAAACACGAGUUCACAUGUCGCAAUGGGAGAUGCAUAACUCGAAACUUCAAGUGUAACGGAAUCGACGAUUGCGGUGACGAAUCAGACGAGCAGCACUGCCGGGACCGUGCGACUCCCUCCAGCAUCAGGCGGCAGACAAGAUAAAACUCAACUUAAUGAAAAAAAGUAUUAGCAAAAGAGAAAUACGAGAGACUGUACAGUGGAUCAUUGCAAAUAACUGUAAAAACGAGUACGAUACAUCAAUUAUUUUGAUUUGAUAAUAAAUAGCCAAGAUUUCAUAGUAUUUAAAGAAACUUGAGGAUUUCGUACUUUUUCAAUGUUUCGGGAGAUUUUGUGAUAGUUAGAUAUUUUGUUAGUAGAAAUUAUUCUCUUCAUCGGUUUCUUUAUUUCGUGCGUGUACUAUUUUUUGAAUCGACAACUUCCGGGGGUGGUUUGAUGUACAGACACAAUUUUUUUUUUUCCAAACCUUCUGGGAGGGAUUAGACCUGAACAAAUUUGAUAGAAAAGCCCUGAUCGUUGGGAUUUUUUUUAAUUACAAUUUUUGGGGAAUGAAUUAUCCAAAUUUUACCCUCUUGAAUAAACUAGGAUAAUAUCUCAAGAGAGAGAGAGAGAUAUCUCGAGAGAAUAAAAAUAUUCUCUCCAUAAAAUUUUUGUCAAUUCUUAUGACAUGAUAUCUCAUCACAUCACCACUCAACAAUUCCCAUUUGAAUCCAUUAAAAAUGGAAUUCUCAAUUAAUAUUCAAAGGUUAAAAAAAUUGCGACAAUUUCCAAGGCAAAUCAGCCGCAUUUAUUAAUCACCAACCCUGCAAAUUUCUUACAACCCAAGACCAAAAUCGCACCAAAUUGUAUGAUUACCUUAAAAAACUAAUUGCCUUCUGUCCACCGUCACUAUUAAAUUCAUUGCAUCGAUCAGUUACAAUUCAAUGUGUUCACACAUUAAUCAAACGACCAUUUAAUUCCAAAGUGUCAGUAUUUACAUAAAUGUACUUGAUCGUACUUAUCUAUAUUUCUCUCACAACAGGGUCACGCAAUUUGUCAAUGUGGAGGAGAUUUUAAUGAUAAAUUCAUCGUGUCAGUCAAUAAUUGUUAAUUAUUUUUUGAAAAUGAUUUGUGUUUUUUCAUUUACAAAAAUUCAUCGGGUUCUCUCGGUGCGUCGAGGUCUCGAUAGUGAAUAACCGGCCGGAAGUCGCCACCGCCACCACUGGAAAUUGGCAAAAACGAUAAAAACCAUUAGCUUUAUUUUAUCUUUCGUCUUUUCGAAUUCUUUCAACAUUUAUCUUUCAUUCGAUUAUUUAUGUAAUUUCAAGCGGUGGUCUAUCAUCAUCACGUGCAUUGAAAAUAAACAAAUAAAUAUCUAAGUGUUUAAAUUAUUUUAUUA